AAGAAACUUCCGCACUGACCACGCAGACAGGGGCGACGAACAUGGAGGAGACCAAGUACCUUCCUUUGACAGAAGACCUGACGGUGUACGUGCCGGACAAUGACAUGCGCUACCGCACCCUGCUUCCGCCAGACUUUGAUGACCAGUUGAUCAUGGAAGACCCCAUGAUUCCGUUCGUGUACACGCGCAACUUCCUUGUGAUGACCAACCAGGGACUGCGGCACAAACACUUGGCUGGCGAAUGUGCGCGUCCACAGGUCACAGCGACGAGGAGAAUAGAAGACACACGCAUGGCCAAGAUUGUGGACAUGAUCUCGUGCACGGCGAUUCAGGACCGCAACGAGACAUGCUGCAUGGUGCGCGUGCGGUGGCAGUCCGUAGACUGGACAGGGGACACGUGGGUACUGUCCACUCGCAUCCAGAACACCGCACUGCUCCAGCAGUUCUACAUGGGCGCGUCUUCGUCGUGGCAGACUAGUCACUUGAUCACCAAGAUGGCUCGAUACAAGUACAGCUCCGAGGAGAAGCUCUGGGACGAGGAGCCUGGCAUUUCCAAGUGGAAACGUGAGCAUGGCAUCAUCGGGUACACGAAACCAGCAUCGCGAGCGUCUACCCAGCCAACCCAUCCCCAUUCGACAUCUUCUUCGACUUCCGUCGCCAGGCGGUCCGCCAGUCCCCGACGCGGAGCAGCAGCGGCCUCGUACUCCCAGAACCGUCCCAUGCCGCCGCCGCCGCCGCAAUAUUCGUUCCAUUACGCGCGCUAUGGAGGGCCCAAGAAGCAGUCCCCCACCGCCGCCGAGCUGCGCAUGCAAGCGUCCAAGCAGUACUCGGUCGCGGUGCUCUCAUCAAAGCACACGUUUGCAGCCGACACCGCGCACCCUACUACUAGUCGGACUCUACGAGACAACUCCCACUCGCAUCGGCGAGUGGAGUACCGGUCUCGGUCGACAUCGCCAAGCCGGCACCGCACGGACAGACCCAAUUCCCAUCAUCCCAGGGACAAUUCCCAUCAUUCUAGGGACAAUUCCCAUCAUCCCAGGGACAAUUCCCAACGAAACACUGCUGGGUCAUGGGGCACGAGUACCCCAGGCAGCCACCACCCGCCACCGCGGCAGUCGGGACCUGCGCGAACCGUGGUGAAAGUAUCCCAACCGAGUGACCAUGGGGAAGCCAGACCCCGCCAGUCCUCGUCCUCCUCAACCCGCAAAGAGGACGAUCAGCCGACAUCCAAGCGCGCCCGGACGUCGCCGGAAGUACGCGGUCGGAUUGUAGGGCAAGACCGACUGGCGGUGCUGGCGGACCGCCGACUCAAACGCCAACAUGACACUGCCCCCCCUCCUGGUAGUGCUAAGGGGGGUACGAGUGAGUGGCAAAUCCCGAAACGCGUCGCGCCUAGUACUACUACUAGUACUACUAGUACGCCCCAAACAUCCGUGGAGGCGGAAGUGAAGGAGGACGACGAGACUGCGCCGCCAAGUCCGACUGGAAGCCGCGGGUCUCAUGCGUAUUCGCCGCCAUCGUCCCCUUGUCCGGUUCACAGGUCGUCGUCGUCCAUGCCAAAGCUGCCACCGACACCUCACACGAAGGCUGCUAGUACUACUACUAGUACAACCCCCCCGGACUCCAUCGAUCCCCUAAAACCCGUCGACCCUCGUACGAAGGCUGGUAGUACUACUACUAGUACGACCCCGACUCCCUCCAUCGACCAACCCAUCGACCCUCGUACGCAACCACAGUCCAAGACUGCUAGUACUACUAGUAGUAGUCAAACCACACUGGCGGUGCAGGGCACGGCUUCCACCGACCCGUUAAAACCCAAAGACCCGCGAACUCGGGAGCCGUCGACAGCUAGUACUCCUGCUAGUACUACUAGUAGUACGCCGGCCACGUCAGAGGUCCCUUCAGACAAUCCGUCAGCUUUGUUGGGUGGUUCUAGUUCUUGUGAACCGGACACUCGAGCCAACGCCCCUUCACUGACAGCCGACCGUCCAAUCCACUCCCCAAAUACCAAGCCAAUGAUUGGGGACUUCGGUUUCAAAUCUGCCCAAUCAAAUGCGAGUACUGGAUGGGGGGACUUGGCUGGGUCGAAACCAUCUGGGGGAUGGGGCAACCCAUCGAAACGAUGGACGUCCAACGAUUCCACUUCUCGGGGUUAUGGAUCGUCAACCCAACCCAGUGACCCGCGUACGACUCCUACUAGUACUAGUACUAGAAGUACUAGUAGUAGUAGUAGUAGUACAAUGAAUGGAAACUCCACUCGUGGCUGGGGGGGGGGCGACUUGCCUCUGAGUGGGACGUCAAGGCCAUCGGGGGGGGGAGGGGGGGGAGGCCCUUCGAGACAUCCGUCCACCGACUCUCGACGGACGUGGGGGGGGGCAGACUCCACUCGUCAACGCUCGUUAGACAAGCGACCACGUGGCAGCCGCUCACGCAGCAAAACCAGAUGUCGAAGCCGAUCGUCCAGAAGUCGCAGCAGAGGAAGGCACCGCGAGCCCCCUAAUCCCCCCGAGCAAAAAGCCCCUGAACAGCCAGUUGUUCCUUCGACCCCCCCACUAGCUACGACAUCGUGUCCAUUGGUGGCAGUGAAACCAGCGGCGCCUGCAAUGUGGACACCGUACACUACCCCUCGUACGUCCGCCAUCCAGUGCGUCUGUGGGGCCGACGCCGUCGACGAUUACACGGGCGAAUGGGUGCAGUGCUGGGGCGACGCCUGCUGCGGGUACUGGUUCCACACUACCUGCGUCGAUAUGCCGUCAUCUCUCCGCCCAAUCUUUCAGUGUCCAUCGUGCUGCUCUUCCCCUACUUCUUCCCCCCCCCCCCCCCCCCAAUCAAUCAAACGGCUCUUCGACUGCUGCCAAACCAACUCGUGGCGCCUGUUUCACUCCCUAUCAUCCUCCUCCACUGCCGUCGACCUGACUUCGUUCCUGGCGUACCAACCCCCCCUUCUUGGAGGCUGCAAUGGGCUCGUGGUGGCCGCCCAAGUCGGCGCCCUCGCCAUCCUCCAAGACAUGCUCCAUAUGUUUUCGCCGAAUCAGGUCCAAAGCAGCGUCAACCUCCUCAACCAGACGCCGCUGCACGUGGCCAUAUUAAACGGCCACUUGCACUGUGUGCCAGUGCUCACCCAGAUGCAGCCGCGGUGGCACCACGUCGCAGAUGUAUAUAGCGCCCUCCCGCUGGACUAUUUACUGCAAGUCCGACCGGCGGAGGUGCUGCGGCUGCUGCAAGACAAGCCCGACCUCGUACAUGUGACCAACCCAUCCACGGGCAACUCGAUCGCGCACGCCAUCUGCGCCAUCGUUCCCCCCGACUUUGCCUCGUUGCUGGCCGUGAUUCCCGUAUCGCAGCUGUGUUCCGUCAACCACCACGGCCAAACGCCUGCGAUGACGUUAAUUCAAUCCCCCCACGUUCUGCGACACCAUUUCGAGCUGCUGGUGCAACAGCUGGCAUCAUCCCCUGACUGGUGGACGUGCGUGGAUGACCAGGGGCGGUCUGUACUGCACUUUGCACUCAUGUAUAAACACCCUUGGGCGCUGGAAGUGGCAGAUUUGAGUCGAUUUCGCCACUUUCAGCUGCUGCACUUGGCGGCGGAAUGCGCGCUGCCGUCUGCCGUGGCCCUGCUCGUUGCUGCAAAGUUCUCCCCGCAGCAAUUGCACGGGACCAGUCGAAGUUCUGGAGCCACAUUGGGCACGGGAUGGUGGCCCAUCUUGCAUGCGACGUCGCCGGGCUGCGUGCUGGAGCUCCUGCGGGUGGACACUGGCGCCCAGCUACAGUACUUGUACCACCAGAGCCAAGCUCACUCGACCAAGGUGCUAAGUAUCCUCAACUCGAUCGCAUCACAUCUCCCGCUGUACGACUUUAUUCAGGCCACGGCGGCAGCUAACCCCCACGAGUACCUCGGUAGCCGCUGCCUGUUCUUGCAGCGCUACCGCAAGUGUCUUCGGCUAGACUUGAAGCUCACGCAGCUCAAACUGCACGUCGCGUCGCUGAUAGUGGUGCCAUCGCGAGCAGCCAAGCGGGUAAUCACGGUGCCAUCAGAACGGGACCUCUGGAAGGUGCUUCAGUCCGCAGUGAUUUCCACGUGGAAGUGCCCGAUUCAGGUUGAAAUCGCCGGUGAAUUGCACAGCUCCAAGGACACGCACAUGUGGACGGUGCUGGCAUCGCAGCUGCGCCAGCUGGGGCCGCACUUGUUUGCAUCUUCUUCGCGAGUGUUUGAGCUGCUCGGCAAGUUGGUCGGCCACAUGGUGCUCGUAGGCCAGCAACUGCCGUCGGCCGUGCUGCCGCCCUCGUUCCUGAGCACCCCCGCCGAGUUCAAGCCCGAUUUAGCGCUCGAUUUUAAAAAGGGCUUGGACUCGGUGUUGCCAAACGCCCUGGACAACUGGAAUGGCUACGAGCGGUUCUUACUGCUCCAUCGAGUGAUAUUUCCCCAAACCAUGAGCCAGUGGAAAGCCACGAAAGUGCACUAUGAUAAGCCCUUUCACGCCCACCACCCAUCCAUACUGGCCUUCUGGACUGUGAUUGAGAAGCAUCUGGUGCCGCAGGAACAGCUCGUGUGCCGGCUGCGAUGCGGUCAGCCCCUGCGCAUCACCCCCGCGCCGACUGUCGGCAUUGUCGAGAAGUCCGUGCUCGGCAUCCCCGAAGCCAUUUCCAUGGACAGAUUGCAUGUCGACUUGGUGCUGUACAUUCGAGGGUUUCGAAAGCAUGCCAAACAUACGUAGCCAACCAGAUAUAGUACUAGUUCGUGGAUGUAGUAAAGUGUACGGUAAAGGUCGAUUCCUACUAUUAUUUAUUUUCCCAUAGUAUGAGCAAAA